AUGUCUACUCUUUACAAAACCACACCGUUGCCUAUCGCUGCGGAGCUGCAAAUUGAGCAUCGCGAGUUCCCAGGUCCUAUCAGUGGGGCAAACCCAACGCUUACAUCAUUGGAGCCCGAAGAUCCCGGACGCGAGCACCGACGCGGUUACUUGGGAAACGCGCUUCGCGUGAAACACGGCACAAAAUCACCUUUCACUUCACAAAUCAAAUGGCGUCGAAAUUCGCAACGGAAAUCUCACUUCCAUCUCGACCUACAUCCUACUCCGUAA